AAAGACAGACAGAGGGAAGGAGGGAAAAAGAAGGAGAUGGCACUUUAAAAGCCGGCCCUGGCAAUGAUCACCAGAGCAGCCCCGAGGAACCUGCCGGUGCCCCCUCCUCAGCCAUCACCCAGCCCGUGAGCCUUCUCGAUGGAAGAAGAUUUUGGGAGCCCCAAUGCCAGCGUGAUUGGGGAAAGGUCUCUCCCCGGCGGGAGCAGCUGGGUGGCCGCCUUCCUCUGCUUCAUCAUCCUGCUGACUGCCGUGGGGAACUUCCUGCUCAUCCUGCUCAUCUUCACGCAGCGCUCCCUGCGCAACACCUCCAACUACUUCUUGGUGUCCCUCUUCAUGGCCGACCUCAUGGUUGGCUUGGUGGUCAUGCCGCCGGCCAUGCUGAACCAGCUGUACGGCCGGUGGGUGCUGGAGGGCGAGUUCUGCUCCAUCUGGUACGCCUUUGACAUCAUGUGCUGCAGCGCCUCCAUCCUCAACCUGUGUGUCAUCAGCCUCGACAGGUACCUGCUCAUCAUCUCCCCGCUCAAGUACAAGCUGCGGAUGACCUCCUGCAGGGCCGUCUGGCUCAUCUUUGCGACCUGGACCUUAGCCGCUUUGGCCUCCUUUCUGCCCAUCAAGAUGGGGUGGCACGAGCUGGAGUUUGAGAUCACACCGCUCAACAUCACCUCCCACAUGGAAGAGGACCAGUGCAGGCUCCUGGUCAGCUUGCCUUUUGCCCUGAUAGCCUCCUGCCUGACUUUCUUCCUCCCAUCCGUGGCUAUUUCCUUCACCUAUUGCCGGAUCCUCCUGGCAGCCAGGAAGCAAGCGGUGCAGGUGGCGUCCCUCACCACCAACGUGACCUCCACUUCAGAUGAUCCCACGCAACAGGUCUCCAGAGCCCAGAGCCAAUCGGCGGCCACGAGCGAGAGCAGGAAAUUUGCCAAUAAGCACAGCAAGAAAGCCUUGAAGGCCAGCCUGACCCUGGGCAUCCUGCUGGGCAUGUUCUUCGUGGCCUGGCUCCCCUUCUUUGUGUCUAACAUGGCACAAGCAGUAUGUGACUGCAUCCCUGCCGGCUUCUUUGAUGUGCUCACCUGGCUUGGUUACUGCAACAGCACCAUGAACCCCAUCAUCUACCCGCUCUUCAUGAGGGACUUCAAGAGAGCCAUGGCCAAGUACCUGCCCUGCUGCCGGCGCUCGUGGGAACGCAGGCCCAGCGCCAUCUCCCUGUCGAUGAGGAACUCCAACAGUGGGCAGCGGCUGGGGAUGUCCCUCAAGAAUGUCCUCACUUUGCAGGGCGAGACUGACUCUGUGGACUCGGUCAUCCAAGUGAACGAGCACAUCUUUCUGCCCGCCUGCAAAGACCAUCACUUGGAGUCCAUCCCAGUCACGGGGGCCGAUUCAGUCAACCUAUUUGACUUGGACCACACAGACCAGGAGCUGCAGAUCAACCAGCUAAACACUCCCAUGGAUUGACCGAGGGGCUUGGAUGGGAACAGAAGACGGCUGGGGAGAGCUCGUUACGGGGUCUCCCAAUUGACAAACUAGCCAUAUGCUGCCUAAUGGUACCUGCUGCAAUAUGGUGUGGCCCCUGAGGACAAAGGCAGAGAUGGAGGAGUAUGUGGCGCUGUGUGUGCGUGUGCAUGUAUGUGUAUAGGUACAGGGACCUCUUGAACCAAAAUGGACCGUAUGGACAUACCGCGGCAUUGAUUUACCAUGAUAUAUAGCCCCCUGCCACUCUGCAAACAAAUCACUGGGUUCUUUGACAGCUUAGCUGCAGGAAGGGAAAUGUAUCUCCUCUUCGUGUGGAAGUCGCUAACCAUUUCUUCAUGUUACAGUUUGGGCUUGUU